GUCAGAUGUCAAGAGUUAACAAUUAUCUGAAAUUUGUGGAUAGUGAUGAUAAGAAAAUAAUAUAUUGUAGAAGUUUAUUUUUGUAAAACAUAUUACUCUUGUCCCAUAUAAACUAUGAGGUAUUUCACUUGUAACUAUUUUUUUAGUAUAACAAAUUUAUGUAGAGAAAUGUCUUAACACUUCAACUAAUGUUACUAAAAUGAAGUAAAUAAACAAAUCAUGGAGUCUCCCCCUUCAAGUUCGACUUGGUCAGAAGCUUUUAUUUUAAGUGAUGAUAGUGGUCUUCUGUUAACAAAUGGAUCUGCUUCCAGUGGAAGUAUGAGUUAUGAAAGUCGAAAUGAACGAAAGAACUUUCAUUUUGAGGACAGUGAUUGUGAAGAAAAAUCACUAUCACAGGAUGAUUCGCUUGAUGGAAUGUCAGAUAUAAUGUGUGGAGAGAAUUUUAAUACCCUGAAAAAAGGACCGCAUUGGAUCGAUUUUUCUUCUAAACGUUCUUCAUCUCCAAUAGAACCUCCUCCAGAAUUCCAGGACAAACCAACAUAUCCCGUGGUAGACGUGUUUUGUAAAAAACUCACUUCUCAGAUUUUAAGAAGGGCCCUGUUCGAAUAUACGGAAAGUGAAUUAAAAAGGAUAACGAUUUUAAGUCAACAUCAACGACCUUUGCAUCACCUGUUGGGAAGGACUUACUUUACGCCAGAAUUUAUCCCAUUCAGUCCUUGUCACAUAGGAAGGCCCAGUUCUAGAAGUUCCUUGGGAUCAUCUCGCCUCUCCAGUUCACACAACUCCCUAUCCGUCCCUACAACUCAAAGAGUAGACGAUUCUACGUUCAUAACGCAAGCUGUUUCCCACGACACUCUGUCUUUGAACCAGAUAAGUGAUUUGUAUAAUGUGCCGUUUGAUAGUGAUAUGUACGCUGUUCCCAUUGACGUUGUGAAACCUCCUAUGAAACCGAAACGUUCUCAGCAACAUAAGAAGAGGCGGCGGAACACUGCUUGCAGCUGUAAGGAGUUAGAGGUCAGACAGUGCAGGUCCAUUUCGAAUAAGAAGAAUAUAUUCAAGCCGGAAAAGUUACAUGACACUAAAAGGCACAGCGUCGCCGGUACCUCGGCUCCUACACAGGGCGAACCGAUACAUAUGACUCUGCAGGAAGUUAGGCAGUAUUUGCAAACUUUAUAUUCAAGUUCCUCGGACUCUUCCGAACCUCACGAAAAAUUUUAUAAACCCAAAACUACUAUAAUAGUAACGAAUAACAAUAACAAAUAUCCGCUUAACGCGAAUAGCGUAGUUGUAAAUAGAGAGAUGAGCUGUGUCUCGAACGGUAACAGUAGAACUAAGAAGAACACAUUCCUUAUUAAUAUUAAAAAUAAGAAAGUGAAAGAUUCCUGUGAUAUUAACAUUGGGAAACAGAUAAAUUCCUCGCCGACAAGGAAAGAGGAAAAGAGGAAGAAGACGCCGGCGAAGCUGUUCUCGUUUAAACAGACCUUGUGCAAUAUGUUUCGCUUCAGGCGGUUCCUCUCGCACGAACAUAUUAAAAAUAGCGAGGACGAAGCGCACGAUAAAAAUUGUAAUGCCAAUAGCGGUCUGUUAGAUGAUAUACACAAUAAUAUAAGUAGUAGGGCAUUGCCCCCACUACCUCUGAAAGAGGAAGCGGAGGAAGGAAUUGACGAAGAACAAACUUUAGAUUUCGCCACUAAUAUCCAACGAGUUAAAGAUUAUGGCUGGUACUGGGGUCCAAUAUCAAGUGAAGCGGCGGAGAAGGUUUUGUCCAACGAACCGGACGGAUCUUUUAUAGUUCGUGAUAGUAGCGAUGAUCACUACAUAUUUUCCUUAACGUUUAAGCUUAAUAACUGUGUUAGACAUGUAAGGAUAGAACAUGAUCAGGGUAAUUUUAGCUUUGGAAGUUGCGCCAAAUUUAAGUCCCAAACCAUAGUAGAAUUUAUUGAAAAUGCCGUAGAGCACUCCCGUAGUGGUAGAUAUUUAUUCUUUCUUCAUCGAAGGCCAGUCAUUGGACCAGUUCGUGUGCAGUUACUCCAUCCUGUGUCCCGAUUUAAACAGGUUCAAAGUCUGCAACACAUGUGCAGAUUCAUAAUACACAAGAACGUGAGGAGGGACUUAAUUCCGAGCCUUCCGCUACCGCGCCGGAUGAUAGAUUACAUUAAUACCCCCCACUACUAUUCCGAACAUUUGGUCGACCUGGAAGAAAGCGGCGAAGAGUCGAUCCUUAACCAUAGCAGGCCCGCCACUCCGGUAACUCCGAGGCCGUUAGAUAAUGAAGGGGACGACGUCCAGCUGGUUUCUAAUCCCGAUGUACCUGUUAACAAUUACAUUGUAAUAAACAGUAGGAAUUCGUCCGGCUCAAGACAAUCCUGAGUUGUUCGUUUGGCCGCUGGAUGAUAUUUUUUUUGGACAUUUAUUGUGUUGUGUAUAUUAUAGUAACUUAUUUGUAUU